UCCCAGACGGCUUUGCUCCCUGGGCUGUCGUACUGAGACUAGGGCGUGUCCGUGAGGAGCAGCCACAGUCCGGCAAGGCUUGCUGGGGCAUCUCUCUCCGCUUGUGCAGCCGCAGCAGCCAUCCCGCAAGAUGGUCGGGGUCCUGCUCCUGCUCCUCCUUCUCCCCUUUUUCCUGUACAUCGCUGCACCCAAAAUCAGGAAAAUGCUGUCUAGUGGGGUGUGUACAUCAACUGUCCAGCUUCCUGGGAAGGUGGCUGUGGUCACUGGAGCCAACACAGGCAUCGGAAAGGAGACAGCCAAAGAGCUGGCUCAAAGAGGAGCCCGCGUGUAUUUAGCGUGCCGGGAUAUCCAAAAGGGGGAAUUGGUGGCCAGAGAGAUCCAGACCAUGACAGGGAACCAACAGGUGUUGGUGCGGGAAUUGGACUUGGCUGAUACUAAAUCUAUUCGAGCCUUUGCUAAAGAUUUCUUAGCAGAGGAAAAGCAUCUUCACAUUUUGAUCAACAAUGCAGGAGUGAUGAUGUGUCCCUACUCUAAGACAGCAGAUGGCUUUGAGAUGCACAUGGGAGUCAACCACUUGGGUCACUUCCUCCUGACCCAUCUGUUGCUAGAGAAGCUGAAGGAAUCAGCCCCAUCAAGGGUAGUGAAUGUGUCUUCCCUAGCGCAUCACCUGGGGAGGAUCCACUUCCAUAACCUGCAGGGUGAGAAAUUCUACAAUGCAGGUCUGGCCUACUGUCACAGCAAGUUAGCCAACAUUCUCUUCACCCAGGAACUGGCCCGGAGGCUCAAAGGCUCUGGCGUUACGACGUAUUCUGUACACCCUGGCACAGUCAACUCUGAAUUGGUUCGGCACUCACCUUUCAUGAAGUGGAUGUGGUGGCUUUUCUCCUUCUUCAUCAAGACCCCUAAACAGGGAGCCCAGACCAGCCUGUACUGUGCCAUAACGGAAGGUCUUGAGAUUCUAAAUGGGCAUCAUUUCAGUGACUGCAGUGUGGCAUGGGUCUCUGCCCAGGCUCGGAAUGAGACAAUAGCAAGACGGCUAUGGGAUGUCAGUUGUGACCUGCUGGGCAUCCCCAUGGACUGACAGGUGGUAGCAGUUGGACUCAAGAGAAACCUAUAGCAGACUACUCAGUACUCCCUGCCAAAAUGAUUCUCCUUCAUGGUGACCAAAAUCGUCAGUACAAAGAAAACAAAUCUUCCAGCCUUUCCUGCUUGAUGUCUGACAAAAGCACAGUGUACAUUGCCAGAUUCAUCAAAACACCUUGCAUUUACUCCAGAUUUAGUUUGCCCUUAUUACUGUCAGUUGCAAGAGAUAUCAGACGAUAAGAUCCUCAGAUGACCUGCGAGCUGAUAUCUGCCGUUUGAAACCUACUACUUAGGAGAAUCUUAGCUAUGGCAAGGUCAAUUUAUGGUAGUCUGGAUUAGUUUCUACCCUCUUUGUUCACAAUAUAGUUCCUCCCAACCACCAUCCAACCUUCAUUUCAAGAGGGCCACACUGCAGCCUCAGCCGAACUCUGAGUCACAGUGGCUUGACUCAAGAGCGGGACUCAUCCCUCAACUGUUAAGAAAACCAUCAUAUGCUAACAUCUGAAUUAUUUCCGGAAACUCUUAACUGAAUCUGGAUUAUGACAUGGCUUUAUCUCUUGACAACCUAAAGCCACUGCUAUUAAAACACUUUCCAACAUCUAGACCACAGAGAAGAGCUUCCUUUUCUAAGAAGUUUGUGGGGUUUGGAGGAUGGCAGAAAUAAAAAUCAAGCUUAAACUAUCAUUUUCUUACUGUUUCUCAGACCAGCAAGUGGGUAAAGAAAGGGGCAGUGUGGGAAGAUAGACCAUCUACCUGACUUUAGUUAGUGACCCCAGACUGAUGGAGGCCUUUUUGUGUCUUAGUUUCUCUUAGAAAACCAGAAGAAGGAAAAGGCUAUUUGGUGAUUGUCACUGAGUUUAUCUUUGUGUUCUUCCGUAGUCACACAGUGGGGCUUAUUUUCACAGAAUUCAAAAUAACUACAAAGGAAGAGUAUUAAACUGGACCCUGGUGGAGGCAAAUGUUCAAAGAUGGAGCAAACAGUGUCAUCCAGUCUUUGAUACAAAUGAGUAGACCAGCAAAGGGACGUCAACUCUGUAUAUAUGGUUAACUACUUACCCAGAAGCACAUGGGUAGCAGGGAAGAAGUCUAAAACAGAAAAAUCCUGGAAGAUAAUGCAUGCAGUAAAGGGACUAGUUAAGGACUUAAAAAAAAAAAAAAAAAAAAAAACUAAACUAAAGAUGGUAAUAUGUAACUGGAAGAAUUGAGGGCGAGCACCUGAGUGA